UUCCCCCGGCCCCGGAUCUGCCCCCACUGGCCACUGCCGGCUGCCUGCGCCGCCGCCCAGAUCCACCGAUCCGCGCACCCGCAUGUAUAAAUACGAGCGCGCACCGCCGCGCUUCCAUCCCUGCUCUGUUCAUGGUCGAUCGAGAGUCUAGCUAGCGAGGCCUUGGUUCUUGGUAGUGUGUGUUUUCCAGUCUGUCUCAAACUAGCUGCCUGCUGCAUUAUCGUAUCCUCCAAAGGGGUUGCUAGCUGUGAUCACGGCGCGUAUGCGCGCGCGCGGCUAGCGUGGAGCUGAAGGGGAGGUGAAGCGAUGGAGCUGGAGCUCGGGCUCGCGCCGCCGAACCCGCACGGCCUCCUCGGCGGUGGCUGCGGGAAGAGGGUGUUCGGCGGGGCCGAGAAGGCCACGCUCCCGCUCUUCGUGCGCGAUGGGGGCGGCGGCGGCGACGACGGCAACCGCGACGUCCUCGACCAUGAACCGAGCAACAAGAGGAAGAGGCUCGUGGGGUGGCCGCCGGUGAAGUGCGCGCACCGGCGAAGCUGCGGCGGCGGGGCCGGGUACGUGAAGGUGAAGAUGGAAGGGGUGGCCAUCGGGCGGAAGGUGGACGUGUCCCUCCACGCCUCGUACGAGGAGCUGCUCCGCACGCUCGCCCGCAUGUUCCCGUCCGCCGCCAACAAAGGUGCCGAGGAGGAGAGGGAGGUGGCCCAGCACGAGCGCCGCCGUGGCCACCCCUACGCGGUGACCUACGAGGACGGCGAGGGAGACUGGCUGCUCGUCGGAGACGUGCCAUGGGAGGCCUUUGCGAAGUCGGUGAAGCGGCUCAAGAUCCUCGCGUAGCUGACGGCACACGUACGCCAGCAGCUACGUGUGCCGUGUGUGUCUCAUAAUAUGGCUUGGCUAGCUCACUCUCAAUAAUGAUAGUAUUGUCCUCUCUGUGCAUCAGACCAGUGCGUGUAUUUUUGCUCGUCUCGGUGGGUUCAGACUUGAGAGCAUGACGAGAGCAUACAGCUUGCUAUAGCUACUAUAGUCUACCACUACGCACUAGCUGUUAGCGAUCUUAUCUCGUCACGCUGCACCGAGUUGUUCGUGUAAUCUCGUGUCAAAGGUUUCGUCUGCGUCCAGUCCAAAAUAGCCAGCCACUCGGUCCUCGUUGUGACGACCGUAUACGUGUACGGUCGUCGUCUGUGGCCGGCCGGGUUAGGGUCGUCUAGUUAAGCCUGUUCACGUACUGCUAGUAGUGUUUGAGGUUUCAAUCCCAUUGGGUCUCCUUGCUGGUUUUCAAAUGCAUGGGUUAAACGUGUCGCAACUAA